AUGGCCCUCACCAGAAACACAGUCGUCAUGUUUGGGAUAUAUGGCGGAAAUAAGCACAUGGUCGCUGCCAACAAGAUUGGUAAGAGUGAGAAUGUGUCUGAUAUAUAUUCGCAUACUUGCAUUGGUGCAGACUGCAAUGGGAUGUGCAAAUACAGGUGCAGCAAAGCUGGGAGGCACAAAAUGUGCAUAAGGGCCUGCAACAGUUGCUGCAAGAGGUGCAACUGCGUGCCACCAGGCACUUUUGGGAACCGAGAUUUGUGUCCUUGCUAUGCUACACUCACCACACAUGGAGGAAGGCUCAAAGUUCUGAAUUUUAUACAAAUUUUUGGUGCGAAUCGGUGA